CUCUCUUACUUUGUUCUCCAACGCCAAGGAAUACGACCUCUAACUCUCUCUCUCUCAAUAAGGUUGGUUUAUGUGUGCUUUGUAGUUCUCAUUGAUGGCCGAUGACUGUGUUUAUAAUGUGCAGAUGGAUACGUUUCUGUUCACUUCGGAGUCCGUCAAUGAGGGCCACCCCGACAAGCUCUGCGACCAAGUCUCCGACGCCAUACUCGAUGCCUGCUUGGAACAGGACCCGGAGAGCAAGGUGGCCUGCGAGACCUGCACCAAAACGAACAUGGUCAUGGUGUUCGGUGAGAUCACCACCAAGGCCAAGGUCAACUACGAGAAGAUCGUGCGCGAUACCUGCCGCGGCAUCGGUUUCGUCUCCGCGGACGUCGGCCUCGACGCCGACCGCUGCAAGGUGCUGGUCAACAUCGAGGAGCAGAGCCCCGACAUCGCCCAGGGCGUGCACGGGCACCUGACGAAGAAGCCGGAGGAGAUCGGCGCCGGUGACCAGGGCCACAUGUUCGGAUACGCCACGGACGAGACCGCGGAGCUGAUGCCGCUGACCCACGUCCUGGCCACCAAGAUCGGCGCGCGGCUCACGGAGGUGCGCAAGAACAAGACCUGCCCGUGGGUCAGGCCGGACGGGAAGACGCAGGUGACCGUCGAGUACCGGAACGAUGGCGGCGCCAUGGUGCCCGUCCGGGUGCACACCGUCCUCAUCUCCACCCAGCAUGACGAGUCGGUCACCAACGAGCAAAUCGCCGCCGACCUGAAAGAGCACGUCAUCAAACCGGUCAUCCCUGCCAAGUACAUCGACGACCGGACCAUCUUCCACCUGAACCCGUCGGGCCGAUUCGUCAUAGGCGGGCCUCACGGCGACGCAGGCCUGACAGGAAGAAAGAUCAUCAUCGACACCUACGGCGGGUGGGGCGCGCACGGCGGCGGCGCGUUCUCGGGGAAGGAUCCGACCAAGGUGGACCGCAGCGGCGCCUACAUCGCGAGGCAGGCCGCCAAGAGCGUGGUGGCUUCUGGGCUGGCCCGGAGGUGCAUCGUGCAGAUCUCAUACGCCAUCGGCGUGCCGGAGCCGCUGUCGGUGUUCGUGGACACCUACAAGACAGGGAAGAUAGCCGAUCAAGAUAUACUGGUACUGAUCAAGGAGAACUUCGACUUCAGGCCGGGGAUGAUCGCCAUCAACCUCGACCUGAAGAGGGGUGGCAACUUGAGGUACCAGAAGACUGCGGCCUAUGGGCAUUUUGGCCGUGACGAUCCUGACUUCACGUGGGAGAAGGCGAAGGUUCUGAAGGCGAACAAGGCCUGACAGAAGUCCAUCAGUGGAUGACCUCCUCCAUGUCUUCAGCCUCUACCAUUGUGGAGGACAUUGUUAUUGGCUUUGUUACUACUAUAUUCUGCACCAGGUAUGAAGUGGUGUCUUCAGAUCAACUAAGUCUUUAGGUUAUUUGCUUACAUGAUGCAAAAAUAAUGCUUGAUGUAAGUCUAAGAAUCAAGCUAUGUUACUGUCUUAUUCUUUCUGUUGGUGUCUAAUACAACAGUGCCCAAAGCAAUGAGAAUGUUUUCAUUGCAACAGGGGUAAUAAUAUAAAAGAUAUGUUCAGCAUGUUAUGUAUGCAAUGCUUGAAUGCA